GGUCACAGUUGGCUUUGACAGGUCAUCCUGAUUUCCUCAAUACGGAGAAUUCAAAAGGCCAGGCCAACUUGGGCAGAGUUAGUCUGUACGGUACGGUAUGUUUGGAUGCAACUCCCUAGGACUAGUGAAUGUCAGUAUCGGAAUACUCUGUCAGGAUCGUGGUAUCUGCCCGUACGGUCGUACAGUUGCAGCCGUUUGGAUUUCAGCCAGAUUAUUGGAUCUGGUGUUGUUUCAGGUAUGAAUCGAGGUCAUUCUCUUCCUGUUUCCUCUUUCUCUUGCUUUCGGUCUUUCGGUCUUUCUAUCUUUUGGUCUUUCUUUAUCAUGAUAUUCCUAGUAAGGACUAUUUUUAAGUCCAUGUACAUGUAUCAUGUACCUGCCAGACCGGUGGAUCUCCCGGUAAGGUACUUUGGCCAGCUCGAUAUAUUCUUAGCUACCUAUCAAUCCAGAGUCUUUUGGUUUGUUUAGUUCCUGAGGAAAAGACAGCCUUACUAAAUUUGGCUACUAAAUGCCAAACUAGCAUUGGGCUCCACUCUCCAGGUCGAUUAUAGUAUUAUUCCCAACUCUGUUGGUCUGUACAAGUGUCUCGC